AUGGCUUUCAUAGCUAACUCUGAUGACUCCUGGAAGCUAAAGCCUUUUAUCAUUGGCGAAUAUCCCAAAUCUCGCUGCUUUGGCAAGAAGAAUGGCCCAGAGCAUAGCUUUCAGUAUUAUCACAAUGAUAAAAGCUGGAUGACAGGUGCGAUAUUUAGAGAUAUAUGCAAGAUAAUCGACCGUCGAGCAAGAAACUUGGGCAGGAAGAUACUUGUUCUGCUUGACAACGCAGCCUGCCACAAUACCCAUGACAACUAUACCAAUGUGGAAUUCCUAUACCUCCCACCAAACACUACAUCGUAUCUUCAGCCACUAGAUGCCGGUAUUAUACAGGAAUUCAAAGUUAAAUACCGGCACCAACGAUAUUGUUGUAUUUUGGGUAAUUGA